CACUGUUCACUGUGUGUGUGUGUGUGUGUGUGUGUGUGUGUGUGUGUGUGUGUGUGUGUGUUUAGGUGGGUCGGUUACGAGUACCCAGAGUACCAGGGACAGCAGUUUGUGCUGGAGAAGGGAGAUUAUCCAUGUUAUCAGGCUUGGAGUGGAAACAGCAGCUACCGCACUGAACACCUUCUGUCCUUCAGACCAAUCCAAUGUGCUAAGCACAGUGACAGUAAGGUGUCCCUGUACGAGUGUGAGGAUUUCCAGGGGCGGAAGUUCGAGCUGUGUGAUGAUUAUCCGUCUCUGCAGGCCAUGGGAUGGUGCAGCAAGGAAGUGCCGUCCAUCAAAGUCAACUCCGGAGCCUGGGUGGCGUACCAGUUCCCAGGUUAUCGUGGUUAUCAGUACAUCUUGGAGAGAGACCGCCGCGAGGGCGAGUUCAAGAACUACAAUGAGUUCGGCACGCAGGCGCACACCAACCAGAUCCAGUCGAUCCGCAGGAUUCAGCACUAAACACACACAAUCACACACACACACACACACACACACACACACACACACACACACACACACACACACACACACACACAC